CCAGCCUGGGAUGCGACCGGUUGGUUGGGUAUCUCCAAACACAUGGGACAGCAGAAGAAAGAGCAGUUUUGCCUGCAAUCGCGAUGACCUACUGGACCUGACCAAAGAAACUCAAGGAUACUCAAGGACAUGGUCUCAACCUUCAGACCGAGUAGGUACCUCAAGUUCUAAUGGUGUUGUCCGGGACUGUACAGCUUCUGUAUGUACCGUAAGGUUUGCAGAGGAACCCUGUACCCCCUGCAUGCAGAAGAAACACGGACAAGGAUCCAAAGUUCAUGUGUGUCGGUAUAGAAAGUCCUACAUAGAGGCACAGGAGAAACCAAGUAACCCUAAAGAAAUCCCUGAACUUCCUCUUCAUCUUCCUGAUUCUAGAACUCUUAACAAACCUGCUCUGGAAACUCCAACUGGUUGUGACUCCUUGGAGAAAUGUCAGCAAAGCAACAGCAUUGGUAACUGCUCAUGUGAAGGGUAUAGGCAGUGGAUCCAGAACAUUUCUCAGGACAGGACAGAUAGCAGUAAAGGAAAACUCAGUUUUAUCCCACCUGUGGUUGGGACUUCCGAAAAAUGUCACAUUGUUGUCCAAGGACAAACAAACGAUAGAGAUAGCAACAGCUACAUAGAAAUGAUUCCAAGGCUUCAUGUGGUGCCAGGGAAGAAGACCACAGCUUUUAGACUUGUGUCUCCAAAGAUUAACAGAAGAAGACUACCAAAGCAAGAUGGCCCUAAGGACCUGAAAACUCCCCCUGCUGUUAUUGGACCACGGAUAAAUAUUUUAGACACCUCAGACACAACUAUGUUAAACACACAAACUGAAACAAAGAAGCAACCGCCCAUAUCAUCUACACCUUCUUCACUUAAAGCAGAUGGCCUCUUUCACUCAGGACUGUGUCUAACAGGUGGUCAGGAUCGGUCAGGCAGGGCAGUUCUGGAGAUUUAUGGAGAUCACCAGGUCUGGGGUUCUGCUCUUAUUUCCAGCCAGGAGCUCUGCAAACUACUUCUGUAUCUCCAUACCAUCACCAGGAAAGAUAUCAAAGAUCUUGGGAUGACGGUUGUGCUUGAUGCACGGAAGAAACCGGUUCACCCAGAGUUCACCAAAGCUCUCCUGAUGGUGCAGGAACUCAACCCUCACAUUGUGCACUGGGGCCUAAUGCUAGUUAAUAAGGACUGCAGCUACAGCCAUGAGAAAAGUCCUGAUAUAACGAUGGAAAUUGUGACCUCAUUCAAGGCUCUUUAUAAAAUAGUGGACGCCAGUCAGUUGACUGCAGCCCUACAGGGGUCAUUACCUUACGAUCAUGCUGACUGGCUACAAAUCCAUCAGAAACUCUAUCCGUUUGUAUCAGACCUGCAAGAUGCCUCAGCCCUGCUAUCAGGAGCUAUAAAGAAACUGGAAGGUGUUCAUAAAAUCGACACAGUGCAGGAUGUCCAGCAGUGCAUUAUAGAACAGAAAGCCCUGAUGAAGGAUGUGCUGGAAGACACCGGAUUGGUGGCCUUGCAAAGAGGAGGUGGAGCCAUGUUGGCGAGGCUGAGAUGGGAAACUGAUGUGAGGUCACCGCAUUGUGAGCAGAGCUGUGAGGUGAUAGAUACAGUGACUGAUGUGUGCAAUGCACUACAGGAGCAGGUGCAUGUGCUGGCCAGGAAGUCCAACAUGUCCCUGCAGCACCUGGACCUCCUGUUACAUCUCCGAGAACUGGAGUCCAGAUUCACUGAGAUUAAAGAAUGGUUUGAUACAGAAGGAGAGAGGCGGAUCCAGCAGGCUGAAUCUGUGGACGACACCAGUGAAGGAAUCCAGCAAACACUGCACAGCUUCAAAGCUUUUCUUGCAGAAGCAAAUGAGCGAAAGCAUCAGGCGAUGAUGUUGGUGUCCGAAGCAGAGAGUGUGCAGGGGCCGAACUGUCCCGAGACAGAAGUGUUCUACAGAAUGGUGUCCAUCUUUAAAUCCAGUCUGAGUGACUUCCUGUUGCGAGCAGAAAGGUGCUGUGAUGAUCUUGGGACUAUGGUGUACAUCUGCCACUUUUGUGAAAGGGCUUCAGCUAUGGCCAGUGACUGCAGACAGUUUUUGGAACAGGACCAGUUUUGCUGCUCCCUGGAUCAAGAGAGUUGUCUGUGGCUCCAAGCUUACCUGCAGAGAUUAGAUGAGUUUUCACCUGAGCACUUCCAGGAUGUGAGAGUGCAGGCAUGUUCUCUGUCCAACUCCGGGGCGCUGCAGGUCUGGAACGCCGCCUGGCUGCACUAUCAGGAGGUCAGACAACAUCUGAAGGAGAGACUGAUGUUCCUAGAAGAAGCUCUGCAGGUUUCCCUUACAGUCACACCUGUUGGACAUCACUCUGAUUGGCUGGAGAUGAUUCCAGGUGAGGAGACAGUGCCUGGGAGUGAAUUAGCAGAACCUGGACAACAUGAGGAGGACCAACCAGUGUUUGUGUCUGAGCAGUCGGAGAGCAGGGCGAGUCAAGCAAGAGAUAGUAUCCACAGUACUGUGAGCUGCUUCAACUUCAGGCUGGACCACAAAAGCAGGAGAACGUCCAAAACUUCACACAAGGCAAAGGAAACUCCGGCAGAAUGCACCAAGAAAGGCAAACAUGUUAGAAAAGAAGCCCACGACCAGAAACCCAUUGAGUUGCAGGGUACCACUGGCUGUCAAUGGUUACCAUGGCAACAUGCAGGGUGCAAAAAUAUCAGCAAGGGUUCUAGCGGUUCUGAACAUGAACCAAUAUACUCGCAGAACCAGCAUCAGGUCGCCCAGCAGUACCAGAACUCUCAAAUUGGCAGCUUUUGCUCUGACAUGCCCCACGGUGAGACGGAGGGCGCUAGAGAUGUCACUCUGUUUGGAGAAAGUUGGAGAACUGAUGGAGAAAAAGCUGCAUCCACCCCUGAGUGCCCAAGCAGAACUAUUAGGAAGCUUCAUCGUGUCAUGGAGGAGCUCUUGAUGACGGAGGUGGAGUAUGUGCGCUCUCUGGCCUACAUCCUGACUCACUACUUCCCCCUGCUGACCAGAGCCGACGUGCCUCAGGAUCUGCGCGGUCAGCACGGCCGGAUCUUUGGUAACCUGGAGAAACUGUAUGACUUUCACGGGCAACACUUCCAGCGAGAACUAGAGUUGUGUCUGGCAGAGCCGUUGAGAGUCGGGCGCUGUUUCCUAAAACACAGAGAGAGUUUUGGACUCUACGCCCUUUACAGCCAGAACAAACCCCAGUCAGAUGCCCUCAUCCAACAUCAUAUAUACUUCAAGCGUAAACAGAUGGAGUUGGGUGAUAGUAUGGAUUUGUCCUCCUACCUGUUGAAACCUGUCCAGAGGAUCAGUAAAUACAGUCUGCUGCUACAGGAGAUUCUGGAAAACUGCGUGGCGGAGCAGAGCGGAGAUCGAGAGGAGAUCCAGACCGCUUUAGAGGUCGUCCGAUUUCAGCUACAACACGGGAACGACCUGCUCACCAUGGAUGCCAUCCGGGACUGUGAUCUAAACCUGAAUGAGCAGGGCCAUCUUAUCCGUCAAGACGAGUUUUGGAUUAUUUUCCGUAAGAAACGGUCGCUGCGGCGAGUUUUUCUCUUUCAAGACGUCAUCCUUUUUACCAAGACCAAAAAAAACGACCGUGAAGAUGAUGUGUACGUUUACAAACUGUCUAUCAAGACUUGUGAGAUCGGAAUGACCCACUCCAGCGGCCAGACCGGUCUGUGUUUUGAGAUCUGGUUUAGGAGGAGACGAUCUCAGGACACCUACAUCUUACAGGCAGAGACACGCAACGUCAAGGAGGCCUGGACUAGAGACCUGGAACAAAUAUUGUGGGAACAAGCGCUGAAGAGCAGAGAAUUGAGAAGACAAGAGAGAUCGUUUAUGGGAAUGGGUUGGAAACCUUUUGUAGACAUUCAGCCCAGUAACGCAGCCAUCAAUGAAAAUGCUGUGAAUGGUGACAAUACAGUAAGAGAAAAUGUAGGAUUACUGAAAAUGGCAAAUCCUCUUGUGUCUGGCCUUCAAAGAGGCAUGGUAUUGCCAAGGCCAGAUUCGAUUGGCUCUGGCAGCAGUACGUCAACCGUAGGCAGCCACUCGUCAUCCUCGUCUGGGCGAGGCUCCAUGUCACCCAACACUUACCUCGGAAAACACGCAGAUAUUACAGAGUUGUCUGUUGCUCUAUAUAGCUGUGUGGAUCCUAAUUGCCCCGCAGGAAGGAACGCAUCUGUAUCUUCAUUGGUUCUCUCCAGACCUUCAGUUCCUGCAGCGUGUCAAACAUCUCCAGCUCAUGGUCUGCAGGACAGCUCACCUGCUCUCUCCAGAAAAAAUCUCUCACCUGGGUUCAAUCCACAAACUGAUGCUCGCAGCCCUCUCAAGGUUAAGCAAAUGCAUUAUACCAACAGCUCUGUUUUAAAACCUAGUGAGAUACCUACCUAGACAGCAUUUUCAGGCAUCAUAGGUGUUCUUCAGACGCAAGACUUAGUUACCUUAUUUUGACUAUAAUCUAUGGCAGCAUCAUAUACUGUAUCUCUGGGCAGCUGUGGCUCAGGUGGUAGAGCGGGUUGGCCACUAAUCACAGGGUUGGUGGUUCGAAUCCCGGCCCACACAACUCCACAUGCCGAAGUGUCCUUGGGCAAGACACUGAACCCCAAGUUGCUCCCAAUGGCAGGCUAGCACCUUGCAUGGCAGCUCUGCGGCCAUUGGUGUGUGAGUGUGUGAAUGGGUGAAUGAGUCACAGUGUAAAGCGCUUUGAAUACCGUUAAGGUUAAAAAGGCGCUAUAUAAUUGCAGACCAUUUACGAUUAUCUCCUGCAUGGAUAAGUCAAGCUCACCAACUCAGUGACAUAUUCCAUUGAAGAUCACAGAUGGAGUCAAGGAAAAUUAUAGUUCUGUCAGGUCACGUGAGUAAAGCUCACAACCAGCUGACGCUCAGCUGAUCAUGACGUCUAACAAUACAACUCAGACGCUUAUCAGAGUUGGUUGCAAUCUAUAUCCACUUUUCCACCAUCAAGCUGAACUUGUGUUGCAAAACUGUGCCAUUCUGUGCUGAUCUGGGCCAGCUGGCACGGUUGCCUUUUUCCACUUUUUCCACUGUAGUGCUUAAAUGUUGAGUGGUGGUGGUGGCGUAGUGGGCUAUAGCACAUAACUGGUAAUCAGAAGGUUGCUGGUUUAAUCCCUACAGCCACCACCAUUGUGUCCUUGAGUAAGACACUUAACUCCAGGUUGCUCCAGGGGGAUUGUCCCUGUAAUAAGUGCUCUGUAAGUCGCUUUGGAUAAAAGCGUCUGCCAAAUGCAUACAAAUUUUAAUAUUUAUAAAUAUAAAUAAAAAAAUUAAAUAUGUUUGGCAUGAGAGGUAAACAUUGAAGCGAUUGCGCUAUGGAGAAUGAUCGCAUAUUCCAGGUUUUAGGAAUGUUUUUCUCCUAGUUAUUAUCUAUUGACAAAAUAUUAUAUGAGUUACAUAAUUAGGGAAGUUCCGAUGUAUCAUCUGAGAUUUAUUGUUUAACUGUUUACCAAAUUAAAACCAUCUUCAUUUCAGUUAUAAGCAUGAAAACUAUUAAAAUCUCAAUAUUGCCUGGCAUGACUACUACAUUUUAAAAGGCUUCGUUUCUGCAGUCAGCGCUGUGUGAGCAAGUGGCGCCCUCUAGCGGUCUGGAUGCAUUAUCCAUUAUCCCACUAUAAUACAGAAUUUAACAGGGGUUUUGUUCCUUUGGUUUAAACUUUUUAUUUUUCUAUAAUGUGGUUGACAUUUCCGUUUCAUAGUAAUGUGCUAUCAUAUACAGUACAUACAGGGCUGGACUGGUAAUCCGACACACUUUGGGGGCGAUCAGGGGAGGACUGGCCAUAGGGAGAACCGAGGGGUCCGUGGGUUGGCCGCGAAACGGGCCAAAUGGGCUGCGUUAAACUAAAAUGAGCCGGUGCGAUAUGCAGAAAAGGACAGCGA